AUGGGCAACGAAGACAACAAGCGCAAGGAUUUUCCAACCCAGAAGGACUGGGCUGAUGAUGAGAGCAACCCGUUCGUCGCCUUCCGGCGCUACGCCGAUGAGCAGGUCUCCACCAUGCUUCAAUCUAUCACUGGCCUUCCUUCAAUGCUGACACAGCCUCACAACGGCCACUGGGAUAUAUUUGUGGAUAAUAACGGCUACGACAGUCGCUUGGCUCGUCAAAGAACCGGUGAUAAUACAAACAACGGCUAUCCAGACCGCGAUACUGGAAGUGGUUAUUCGGGCAAUCGAGAUGGAGAUGAUCCACGCAAUGGAAACCGCUCACGACCGCGCUGGCCCGAGAACGAUGAUUCGUCGCACUCUCAAUCCCAAGGGAAGUGGGGUAAUGGAACAUCCGACUUUUUUGGCCUCGAUUCCUUCUUCGAACGAUCAUGGCUUGAGGACAGCUUCUUCCCCUUUGCAUCACAACUCUUGCACUCCGGUCACAACCUUCUAGUCCGAGAUAUGUUCGAGGACACUGACUCGCCAGCCUGGCCAAUGGGGUAUAUCAUGUUUAGCCCGUACUCGCCUCUUCAUCUAGAACGUCAAGCACAUUACCAAGCACAUCGUGAAAAGGGCGUUUUCUCAUCCAUCAUGUCAUCUUUACAUCUCAAUUCCGACCGCGACCCUUCCGAACCACAGUGGAGAGAAGCAUUCGAGGAUUUACUUCGACUCGAGAACGAUAAGCCGAUGCUCGAUCGCAAUGGCUCCCUUACGAGAUCCGAGACCGGAAAGGAGUGGAUACAGGGACUUAUCAAAAGAGGCAGCCUGGGGGAUAAGUGGAAGUAUGUGAAUGGCAGAGAGGGCCAACCUUGGUCGGGUAUCAUUUUCUCCGGUGCAGGUCCAGAGCAGAACCAGUCUCGGUCUUGGUCUCUACCCGAGAAAGAGGAAGAAUCUGCAGAUACGGAAGCUGAGAGCGAGCUGGAUUUGUAUGAGCGCUUCCUGCAUGAUAUCGAAACUCGCGAACGUGAAUUUUUCCGCGGUGCCUCCGAAAGCCCUCUUCUGCGUCUCCUCCUCGAGGAGCGACGACAGCAACAAGAAGAACUUGAGAAAUACAGACGCAGUGCCCCAAAGGUCGAUGCGCAUAGCCGCGACGAUAAUGAGAAUUGGAUCGAUCUUGUGUCUGGUGGAAACAAAAAAUCAGUUCCUGAAACAACCAAGGACUUGCCGACCAAGAUCGAGUCCAAGCCAACUGAAGCUGUCUCGGAAACGCAAUCUCGCGUUGUCUCCACUAUGACUCGUACGGAGCGCGUGCGGCUUCCUGAUGGCUCGGUUGAGAGCAAGACGGUCAAUACGAAGCGUUUCGCAGAUGGCCGAGAGGAAAGUGACGAAUCUGUUGAGCUUUUUCAUCCUCACGAGGGUUACAAGCCUGAGUCCGAUACGUCGAAGAAUGGCUGGUUCUGGAAAGACUAG